AAUGAAUAAGAUAUUCACUGCCAAGACUAUUAUUUUAUUAUUAUGGAUAGUUCCUUCAAUUAUCUCUAUUGAAAAGUAUCUAGAAAUAUUUGUUGUCUGCGAUUAUUCAUGUUCAGAAAAACUCAAAGGUGAGAAAAAAGAUCCUGAGAAAUUUGUAACUGAUCUCAUCCUCGGUGCCGAUAAGAGAUUGUCUCGAAUAGAUGUAAGAGUUUUCCUAACUGGAAUUGAUAUUUGGCGGGAAAAAAAUCUUGUACAGGCUAAUAACAACUUUAACGCUUAUUUGAGAAAUUUUAGCCCUUAUAGGGUCAAGCAGAUAGAGGAUAGAGGCAUUUGGAGUGAUAUUACUGUACUAAUUACGAGUUUGCCAACAUCAAAUGUAAAUGGUUUGUUUCCAAUAGGUGGAGCUUGUUCCUUAUUUCAGGGUGCUGGCGUUGUAAUCUUUCAAUCUAGCACUGAUGUAGCCAUUCACUUUUUGACACACGAAUUAGGUCAUGCCAUUGGUAUGAAUCAUGAUGUUAGUGGUUGCUGCAAGUACGGAGAGUCUAGAUGCCUAAUGAAUCCAACGAUAAAUGCUUUUAAUAGAGACACAGGAUACAUUAGUUCUUGUUCGCUAAAAGAUUAUCGAAAUUUCUUAAAAUCUCAAGGCUCCCAAUGUUUGAAUAACAAACCUACAAGAGCUUAUAAAGCUCAUUCCUUUUCCAAUCAAUGUGGUAAUGGUAUAAUUAAUGAGGACGAAGAAUGUGAUUGUGGAGGAGCACUCGACAAUGGAUGUCGAAAUUGUUGUAAAGAAGAUUGUAAACUUAAAGAUGGUGCAUUGUGCGGUCAAGGGGAAUGUUGCAAUGUCAAAUUAUGCAAGUUUCACGAUGCCGGUAAAUUAUGUAGAUAUAAUAAAGAUAACGAUUGCGAUGUAAAAGAAACUUGUACAGGAACAAAUAGUGAUUGCCCAGAAGAUUUACGGAAAGAUAAUCUCACUAAAUGCGUUGAUUCUGAUGGAAAUGAAGCUUCUUGCAUCAAAGGUCACUGUUUGACAUUGACCAACCAAUGCAAACUGGUUUGGAAUUCAGACUAUAGAAAGGCUGAUAAUUAUUGCUAUGAGGUAGCAAUAAGAUACUUUGAUCGUUACGCCCAUUGUGGAAUUGUAAAAGAUGCCAACGGAAAAGCGUCAUAUGUGAAAUGUAGUAAUUCAAAAAAAAACAACUUUAAUUGUGGUCUUCUUCAAUGCGUUAAAGAUAAUUUAACAAAUGCUAAUGAAUGGGUUCUAGACAGAGACUCUACACAGUCAGCAUCGAAAAAUCCUAUUAUGCCAGCUUUAGGGAAACAGGAUCUUGCUUGCUUGAAGACAACUUACGGCGAUUGGAUUAUUCAAGAAAAUGGCCAAAAUGUCGACGUAAUGGUAGCAGAUGGUUCACCCUGUGGUGAAUCAGGAGUAUGUCUUGAGAGAAAUUGCAUAGAUCAGAAGACAUUUAAAAAUUACUUAGAAAAUAGUACAACUGAAACAAAUAAGAGGAUAGGAUUUUGCGGUGACGGAAUAGUAGAUGAAAAAGAAGAAUGUGAUUGCGGAAUAUAUCAAGCUUGCGAUUGUUGUAAUUCAAGAACUUGUAAACUGUUAAAAGGAUCGUGCCCUAAUAGAGACGACUGUCAAUAUUGUAACGGAUUCGAUUCGAAAUGCAUAAAGAAAGAGACUUUUCAAAGUUGCGAUAAUGAUUUCGGAAAGUGCAUUAAUGGAGUUUGUAAAAGCUUAAGAAAAAACUGCCAAGAAAGAUUUGAGGAAUUAGCUGUUCCCGAUUUAAAUUCAACAGAAUUGAACAUGCAAGGAUUGGGACUUUACAAUCAAGGAGGUUAUAUCUUAUUGGCAUAUUUUUUACUUCAAAGAGUUGAAGUUUAUGGACGUCAUUAUCAAAUAUUUCAAUCCCUUUUAACAGAUAUUAGUACUCCUUGUCAGAAAAAUGGUCGUCAAGGCAUUUGCAAGCACAUUAAAAUUUUGGAUAGAAAGAGAAUGUUUUGUUUAAAAGAUGAUUUACGAUCGCUAAUAACUUGCGGGUGCAAAGAGCCGAUGGUCUUUCGUCAUGCAGCUAAAGAAUGGCCAUUGACUGGUAGAGUGCUAGAGAAUUUAGAUAAAUUAACUUCGAAGCAACAAAAAAUUCAUGUCGGCAAAAAAAGUUGGUUAUACAAUAAAGAUGCUAAGUUUGAGACAGAAAGAAAUUAUAUAAGUGUUUCGUUAAGCGAUUAUAAAAAAUGGUUGCUUAGCGAUAAGGAAACCUUGAAAGGAAUAAAUAGAAAUGAUACAUGGACCUAUUUAAGUUACGUGCAUAUUGGAGAAAUGUUGGAUGAGAAAAGUGAUAAAAGACUCUUCGAAGAUGGUAUCAAAUGGUCUGAUAUGGGCUUUAAUGAUCUAAAUGGUAUAGAUAGUACCUUUUGGUUAGGUAGUCAAUUUUGCUAUACGCCUCUACACUCUGAUAGUUAUGGUUGUAAUUUAGUUGCCCAAUUAGAGGGAAGUAAAACGUGGAUAUUAUUCCCUCCAACUGAAGAAAAAGCUAUAUAUCCAACGAGAAUUCCAUACGAAGAAUCCAGUGAUGUAGAAGCUUAUAAGGUCGAAUUAAAGGAGGGAGAUAUACUCUACGUACCUCCGGUAUGGUGGCAUUUUGUUUAUAACGAGAAUAGUCGAAUUAGCGCAAGUAUAAACACCUGGAUUCCCAUAAAAACAGAUGAUUUUUCAAGAAUAGAAGAAGCAAUUGUUAAGUAUAUUAUUAUGAAGAAUUUAGGAAAUGGUAACUUUCUUUCUCAUAGUCACGAAUGGCUAAAUCCUAAUGAAAAUGCUUACACUGUAAGUGAUUGUCUACUCUUAAUCAAUCAGUCAUUAAAUGCUUCGAAUAAAUGCCUUGGGGUUAAAAGACAAAAACUGGAUUAUAUUGACGAUAAUGAUUUAGACACUAUCCUGAAUGAUACUCAAGCCUUUGUUGAUUAUACUGAGAAUACUGAUCGAAAACACUGUAGUCAUGAGAUUAAAGUUGAUGAACUUUUCAAUUGUCAAUUAUUAGAGAAGAUUAAGACGCGAGAUCUUGCUAGAAACUUUGAAAAAACAGAAUAUCCAGAGGAGAACGAGAGAAACGUUGAAUUUAAGCAGAGACAGGAAAUAUACGAGCACAUUCGAACUAUAACCUAUCCAAGCUCAAUUAAGUAUAUGGCAAAAAAAUUAGUAGACAUCUAUCGAUCUAAAUUGAAAGAUUGA